CGCUUCAUUCGUCUGCUCUCACUUCAAAAGGCAUGAGCUGGGUCUUACUCCUCGUCGCAGCAGCUAUUCUCUUCUUCUUCCUAAAAUACUUCACCCAGGAAUCUCCUCUUUCACAAGACGAGGCUAAAUCCUGGGUCGAUCGCAACAUUGACCACGUCGCUGUUAUGUUUCCUCAAAUAGACCGCGCUGCCAUCGCCUAUGACUUGUCAAAGACGAGGAAUGUCGAACAGACAAUUGAGACGCUACUUGCUGAACGACCCUUGCCGGCGUGUCCACGAGACAGUCCUUAUAGCAGUUAUCGUGUGACGACUUCAGCGUCGUCGUCGUCGGCAGCGUCUGGUACGGCUGCGGGAGCAACACGAGGAGGUCAUGCAGCUGUAUCUUCUGGACAGCAGCAGCAGCAACAACAUCCUGAUCUGGUGCAGCGAUUCAAUUUACAGGGACGUUCAGCAGAGACAGGUGACGUCAAGUAUACCUGGUCCAAAGAACGUGCACAACGCGAAGCAACGCUCAAGAAGCGUAAAGAGGAUGCCAUCUUGCGUGCUCGAGAAAAGAUGGCCUCUACAGAAUCAAAGACCGCAUAA